AUCACAACCACUUAAUGCAGAUAAACCUCCCGAUUCCUCCUUGCUACCUGAUGUGCUUUACGCCAUUUUCAACUCCGCAUUACCGCACGUCCAUACCUCCCGCGACGCGUGCGAUCAACUGAAGCCCAGGCAACUCACAUAACUUGCAGCUGCAGGAAGGGAUCGAGGAUACACUCAGAAUGAACGUCGAGUUCCAAACAGCUCUUUCAAAUCUGGAAGACAAACUCAAUGCACUCAUAACGAACCUUACAACCUCGCCGACUGCCUCAGGAGCUCCUGCAGCAGCCCUUGCACUGCUUGACGCGGACGACUCGCUCACAUCUGCCAUUGAGACGCUUCGCCGGCACCAGGAGAACUACGCCAGGAUUCUAAAACUUCGCGCGGAGGCUGAGAGUCUGGAGGAGAAGGUCAAAGGGGUUGUGAGAGAUGUUGUGGGCUACGAGAAGGAUAUUCGGAAGAUCUGCGGCGACGACGAGCCGAGCGAUUCGGAUGCGGAUGACUUUUCCGAUGAUGAUGAUUUGGAUUAUGGCGGUGAUCAAACGCAAACCAAGCCAGAUCGUCUGCGUAAGACAAAGGAGAUUGAUUACAGAUUGCUGCUGGACUUUGCGCGACGGAUUAGCAAGUAUAACCACCAGGCCGCGGCGGAUGCAGCUGCCAAUGCCACACAGGCCGCUAAAGCACGGGGGAGAAGUCCACAACCUGGUGACCAGGACAUGGCAAUGACGGGUGUAAAUGGCGGCCCUGGUGCUGAGGAAGGCGCCGAACCGGUCUCAUCCGUCACGAAGGAAGCGACAUCCUGGCUCGAUGAAUCGGCGAAGAUGACCCGCCAGGUCUACAUGAUCCCAUAUCCGAUGGAAGAUCGUAUUCGAAUGGGUCUGAUGGGUCAGAUACAGCUGACCGCUGCCGAAGGUCGACCGGGGUUCGAUCCCGAUCUAGAGGUGGAACGAUUGAUACGCGAGGCCGAGGGUCUGGGGUCUACAGAGCCGGUGGUUCCUGCACCGCAGCCUAUGGGAGAGGAGAGGAGACAUGCAAACGAAGCCGCCAGGGCUGCAGCUCAAGCAGGCGCGGCGAGCAGCGGAACUACGGCCGCAGCAGCGCCUGCGCCUAAGCCCAAGGCAACUCUGGAUCUUGAUCUCUACGACCCUGACGACGACGAAAUGAUGUGAUAACUGUGCAGUGCUGCAAGUACAUGCGCACGUAAUUCCGAACACACCUACUACCACCGCUACACGCUGAAGGUCAUGAAUUAAAAUAUUCAUUGCAUGAACUCAUCUGAAUUAAGAAUGGGAAAGCAUCCGGCGCUACCUCCAACAGGGAUACGAACUACAUACUGUGAACUGAUGAUUUGGCAGUCCGCUUCCGGAAACGCUUUCCGUAGAAAUAGACCGGAAUGGCGCAAAGACACCAGAGGGUGGUCAAAGACAUGUUCAUCAUGAUUGGGCUGAUGAAACCACUUUUGAUCACCCACGGCGUGAUGAAUUCAGCGAAUCCAUAACCCCACAGGUUCUUGUUGACUGUGAUCGCCACAAAGACUAAGCCGGCAACGGGCUUAUAGCUGUCAACAGCGUAGGUGCUGGUAAUGGCUGGAAGAGCGCAGACCUGAAUGCCAGCGCAAGUGUAGCCGAUUAUCA